CCGGACUGCGCCGCUCGCCAUGUCCGCCCUGGAGAAGCAGCUGCAGCUGGGCCGCCUGCCGCCCCGCCCUCCGGGCCCCGCGGGGGGCAGCAGCCAGGCCUUGCCCAAGAUGCGCAUGGGGCCCGGGCGGAAGCGUGACUAUUCUCCUGUCCCUUGGAGCCAGUAUUUCGAGUCAAUGGAAGAUGUGGUAGUGGAAAGUGACUCUGGCAAAGAUACUUUUCGAAUUUACAAGAGUGGAACCGAAGGGCCCGUCCUGCUCCUACUACACGGCGGAGGCCAUUCCGCUCUUUCCUGGGCUGUGUUUACCGCUGCCAUCAUUAACCGGAUUCAGUGCAGGAUCGUGGCUCUGGAUCUCAGGGGCCAUGGUCAGACGAAAGUUAGGAAUCCAGAAGACCUGUCUGCGGAAACCAUGUCCAAGGAUAUCGGGAAUGUGGUGGAAGCCAUGUAUGGAGACCUCUCUCCUCCCAUCAUGCUCAUAGGCCACAGCAUGGGAGGGGCCAUCGCCGUGCACACGGCAGCCUCCAACGCAGUGCCCAGUUUGUUAGGCUUGUGCAUGAUCGACGUAGUGGAAGGUACGGCCAUGGACGCCUUGAACAGCAUGCAGAAUUUCCUUCGGAGUCGCCCCAAGACAUUCAAGUCCAUCGAGAACGCCAUUGAGUGGAGUGUGAAAAGCGGACAGAUCCGGAAUCUGGAGUCCGCCCGAGUUUCGAUGGUUGGCCAAGUCAAAGAGUGUGAAGAAGACACGAGCCCAGGGGUUCCCAAAGCCAUAGUAGAGGGGAUAAUCGAAGAGGAGGAGGAAGAGGACGAAAACGAGGAUGGAGAGUCUGUGAACAAAAGGAAGAAAGACGAUGACGCAGAGACCAAGAAAGAGCCAAUGUACACGUGGCGGAUCGAGCUCGCCCAGACGGAGAAGUACUGGGAUGGCUGGUUCCGGGGGCUCUCCAACCUCUUCCUCAACUGCCCCGUUCCCAAGCUGCUGCUCUUGGCUGGCGUUGACCGGCUGGAUAAAGAUCUAACAAUCGGCCAGAUGCAAGGCAAAUUCCAGAUGCAAGUUCUUCCUCAGUGCGGCCACGCUGUUCAUGAGGACGCUCCCGAUAAAGUCGCCGAGGCGGUUGCCACCUUCUUGAUCCGUCACAGGUUUACAGAGCCCAUCGGUGGAUUCCAGUGUGUCUUCCCUGCUUGUUAAUGUCCUGACGUCCUCCGGCACUGACUCCCGUUGUAAAUAAAACUGCACCAGAGGCCA